CCAUCGCUUUCCUCCCUUCUUCUCCCCUCACCGUUUCCGUCCCCCUUCAACCGUUAUAUUACCUUUACGAUACCCACGUUAUCGUUAACCACUCCUCUCACAUUCACAAUGUCUGCUCCUGCUUCUUUCUCUGACAUCGCCAAGGCGGCCAACGAUCUCCUUAACAAGGAUUUCUACCACACCAGCGCUGCCAGCCUUGAGGUCAAGUCUAAGGCUCCCAAUGGCGUCACCUUCAACGUGAAGGGCAAGAACGCCCACGAGGGUCCCAUCGCUGGCUCCCUCGAGGCCAAGUAUGUCGACAAGCCUACUGGUAAAGGCCCCAAAAGACGCAAACGUCCCAUCCGCAAACCACCCAAUUCCAAUUGCCCAAUAUUGCGAGACGCUCGGUCCAUGUUUUCAUUUUCAUGCGGCCAAGCCUUGUCUCAGCAUCUCAAAAUCUUUCUUUCAUCCAGGAUUAGCCAUCAUGCAGUCUUGCUAAUAUUCUGUCCCCGCCCAGGCCUCACCCUCACCCAGGCAUGGACCACUGCCAACGCCCUCGACACCAAGCUCGAGCUCGACAACAACAUUGCCAACGGUCUCAAGGCCGAGAUCCUCACCCAGUACCAGCCUUCCAAGCAGUCCAAGGGUGCUAAGGUCAACCUUCACUUCAAGCAGCCCAACCUGCACGCCCGUGCCUUCUUCGACCUCCUGAACGGCCCCUCCGCCAACUUCGACGCUGUUCUUGGCCACGAGGGCUUCCUCGUUGGUGCUGAGGGUGGCUACGACGUCCAGAAGGCUGCCAUCACCAAGUACUCCGCUGCCAUUGGCUACAGCGUUCCCCAGUACACCGCUGCCAUCACCGCUAGCAACAACCUGUCCGUCUUCGCUGCCAGCUACUACCACCGCGUCAACGCUCAGGUUGAGGCUGGUGCUAAGGCUACCUGGGACUCCAAGACCGGCAACUCCGUCGGCCUUGAGGUUGCCAGCAAGUACAGACUCGACCCCUCUUCCUUCGCUAAGGCCAAGAUCAACGACCGUGGUGUCGCCGCUCUGGCUUACAACGUUCUGCUCCGCCCUGGUGUCACCCUUGGCCUUGGUGCUUCCUUCGAUACCCAGAACCUGAACCAGGCUGCCCACAAGGUCGGUGCCAGCUUCACCUUCGAGGCUUAAAUGAGUCUCUCUGUGUACUAUCUCUCCACGCCUAUAAUACCGUGUUCCGCUAGCCUGAGGAUAGCAAUUUGUGAAUAAUAUUAGACUUUUCUAUCUAUGGUUGCUUUCUAGAUGCCAUAUAGCUGUACUCGGAAUGGGUGCAUAUAUAUCAGGCUCUGCUGGAAACGGGCGAGUGCUAUCAAAUGCCAACCUUACUAAUCGUGUACCGUAUCUAUCCAUGAUCAAUGUAUAUCAGUUAGGACC